CGGUUGUUUAAUUGAACAAUAUGUAUAUUAAAAUAUAUAUAUUGCUUUUGUUAGGCGUGCGUAGUUUGCCUGUGUACAGUGCGAAUAAAGAAUUGAAUUUAAGCGCUAGUUGUCCUAGGCGUAGCUGCAGUCUAUGGUGGAUGUAUGAGGAUAGAUCGGAGCCUUUGCGCUACUUGGGUGAACCAGCAGUGCAAUUGGAAGAGUUGCUUUUCAUCAAUUGUUGGAUCCGCUCCUUACCUGUGGAGUUGCUGCGUCUAACGCCAAAUCUGCGCAACUUACAGGUCUUCAACAGCAGCAUUUAUCGUAUGCCAACCAAAGACUGGUCGUUGCUGCCGAAGCUGCAGCAGCUUACCUUCGAGCACCAGCGCAUGGUGCGACUGGACAAAGAUCAUUUCAAAGGGCUGCAGCAACUCGAACUGCUGCAGCUGGGGGACAAUAUACUGGUCAAUGUGCAUAUGAAUGCUUUUGCAGGCUUGAAGCACCUCAAGCUGUUGGCACUACCUUCCAAUAGCAUAAAAGAGAUCUUUCAUCAAACCUUUGACGAGCUGGUAGAGCUAACGCAUUUGGAUUUGAGUCACAAUAAAUUAACCUCAAUUGGUGGCGAGUGGUUUGAGCAUAACAGCAAAUUGCAGACUCUGCUGCUGAAUGACAAUGAGCUGGAAAGCGAGCACUUGUUGCUGCCGGCGUUGCCGCAACUGCGCCUUCUUGACAUAAGCAAUUGUGGCGAUUUAACAGAGUUGCAACUGAAUAGCGCACAUACUGUAAUCGUGGAGCGCAGCAAUGUGCAGCGCCUAAUCAUACACGGCAGCGUUAUCAAACUGCAGGGGGGCAACAAUGCGCUGACGCAGCUCAGCAUUGGCGAUAAGAGCGCGGUGAUUGAAUUGGACCUGCAUAACAAUUUGCUUGAUAGCAACAUCACCUCAGCGCUGUUGACAGACAUGUGGCAGCUGCGGCACUUGGACUUGUCCAGCAACAACAUAGAAACCUUGACCAUCAAUUCGAGCAUCAGUCUACACCUGCCUAGCCUGAGAUACUUGAACUUGGCGCAUAAUAAGCUGCGCGCCUUGCCGCCCGCUCUGCCAAUGCUGCCCAGCGGUCUGCUGCACUUGGACAUAUCCUAUAAUCAUUUGCUGCAACUGCAAGCUCGGAACUUUGCAGCAUUGCCCAACUUAGAGCAUUUGAAUAUUGCCGGCAAUCGCUUAGCUAAAUUUGACAUCCGAGAAUUUUAUCCGCAGCAUGCGGUUGUGCUUAAGGAGAUGGUAGUAUGUGGAGCCGAUGUCAGCGCUGGAGUUAUUAUUGAUAUGCGCAUCUACUUUAUUGACAUGGAAGGUGGUAAACUUAUCACUAACUGCAACAGCACAGAGCAGAAGCCAAAGCAGUUGCCUUUCGAAGUGUCGGGCUCUCUCUACCUCUCGCUGUCUGGCGCAAGUGAUUGA